GUCCCGCGCCUCUGUUCCCGGCCGGACGCUUUCCGCCGCCGCGCCGGGCCAUGGCGGUGCUGCGCGUGCGCCACUGCCGCGCGCUCCUGUACUGCCGGCGCGCGCCGCCGCGCUGCCCCGCGUGCGGCGGGGACCUGCGCUCCGCCGGGCUGUCCGCCGCGCCUGUCCGCCUGCCCUGCCCCUUCCGGCACGGCCACGGGCAGCCCCGCGCCUUCCUCAUCAGGCCCAGCCGGGGCACCUUCCUGCAGCCCCAGCACACGGGAGGUGCUGCCUGUCCCAGCCAGGCUGUGCAGGGCCAUUCCUGCAUUCCUCACCUGCCCCUCUGCUCCUCUUGCAGGGGCUACGACGGCCACUCKGACCUGCAUGUCGGGAUCACCAAUUCCAAGGGUGUGGUGUACAACUAYGACCAGGAGGGUGUGCACAGGGCUGACAGGGGCUGGGAGCAGUGCAUCAGCAUCCCCCUGGUGCAGCCGGACAUGGCAGAGCUCCUGCAGCAGUGGGACAGCCUCCUGGAGGAAUUCUCCUUGGAAGAGACCUGGCUCCCUCACAGGUAUGAGGAGCAGCAGCACAACUGCUACACCUUCGCCCUGACCUUCAUCAACCGCAUCCGGCAGGGCCGGGGCCGGGAACCCCUGAGCAAAGCCCAGUUCACCGAGAGCUUCCUGAUCCCACACACCAGGGAAGCCUCCAGGUACCUCACCCUGCACCAGGAGCUGGCACACAAGGACUUCUACAUCGUGCCCCUGCCUGAGCAAGAGCAGGACAGUGGGGCUGGAAACRACAACUUGCUGGAUUAAAACAGCAGCAGUGGGAAAAGGAAAAGUUAAGGCUCCGCAUGUCAGGGUUUAAGGUUGAAUGUAGUUAAAAACAUCAUUAACUUCCCCCUUACCUCAGGGAAGGGUCAGGAUACUGAGCUUSAGCAUUUGAGUGAGUAACACACAUAAAACAUAGACACUACAGAGAAUUUCCAURGGAACUAUUCCUUUGGAAAAAUGUUUUGUGAUUUAACAUUCACUGUCUUUUCUGUUCCGUAAAGACCCUUCCCACCAGAAAUCAGAGCUGCUGUGAAAUUAAAGGCUUUACAAAUKAACUGUGGUGACUUCAGCUGUAGCAAACCAAAAUGUUUUUUUUUCCUGUCACAAUGUUUACUGAUGAGUGAAAAAAAGGGAACAUGUUCUUGUGUGCUKCUGAAAUCCCAAAUCUCUGACUGUAGAUUCACUGUUAUUUUCCUUUCCUUUUMUUACUAAUAAAUAUAACAACAA